CAUUUGUUUGCUUUUGUUUUUAACUUUUGCUAGUAAAUAGUUAUGGAAGAUAACGUGUUUAUCGAAUAUGACAUUGAUUGGAACGAUCUUUUCACGGAAUUGUCGGAUCCAUCACCGGCGGAGACUUUCUCGAAUCCGUCGUCAGACGUUUUGGUGUCUUCGUGGGCUGCGGAGAUCGAAAGCUUGUUAAUGAAGGAUAAUGAUGAUGACGACCAAUUAGAGCUGCUGAAUCAGCAAUCGCUCGACAAUUUCUUUUCAGAUAUACUUGUUGAUUCACCUGCUGCUGCUUCUGCGGAGGUCAUUGACGUGGCGGCUGCGACUGAUAAAGACUCUAAUGUUUCCGAUGAAUCUGUUCCUGUUACUCCAGAGGAGGAAGAGAAGCGCGUCCACGAAAUAGAAGCCAAUGACAACAACUAUAGCAGCGAAAAUAAUGACACCAGUAACAAUGAUAAGGAUGGCGAUGCUGACGGAGCUGACGAUCCCAUCUCCAAGAAACGGAGAAGACAGUUGAGAAACAGGGAUGCAGCAGUUAGAUCGAGGGAGCGGAAGAAGACGUAUGUGAAGGAUCUUGAAAUGAAGAGCAGGUACUUAGAAGGCGAAUGCAGGAAACUGGGGCGGUUGCUUCAGUGUGUUCUUGCAGAAAAUCAAGUUCUUCGUCUUAGUUUACAAAAAGGCAGUGCAUUUGGUGCAUCCUCAGCCAAGCAGGAGUCUGCCGUGCUCUUGUUGGAAUCCCUGCUGUUGGGUUCCCUGCUUUGGUUCCUGGGCAUCAUCAGCCUGUUUAUCCCCACACUAAUCCAGACAAAUCUGGAGUUGGUUCCACUGGAAAACGUCGAAGAGAAAGCUCUUGGAAAUCUGGCUCCAAGAGGAGCAGAAAGUAAGUUUUUGAUAUUCUCUAUGUUAAAAUCUCGGAGAUGCAAAGCUUCAAGGACAAAGAUGAAAAUGAGAGAUGAUAUUCUUAGAGUUUUGGCAUGAUGCUUCCUUUUUACGAGUGAGUGAGAACAUAUCGAAUCCUUUUUUAUGAGGGGAUGCUGAAGGUUGAAUAGCUAGAAACAGAAUACUAGGGAACAGUUAUAAUGUUACAGGAGUCUAUAAGAACUAUGAUAUGUUAUGGACAUUUGUUCUCUGUGCUUUCGUUUUAAGUUAUUUUUAUGAUAUAAUAUUGAUAGUUUCUUGUUUGGUUUAA